GGCAGAGUCGCAGCGAGGGCAGCAGAUUCCCUCUCCCACGCGUGCACCAGACAGUGCAUAGACCGAUCAUCACCAUUCCCCUUCGCAUAUCCGCCGGCGGGAGGUGUUUGCUGCGCUGCUCCAGCUUAUGUUACUCAGCGCCUGCUAAUCGUCUCCGACACGUCCCGUGCAGCGCAAAGAGCAAAGGCGCGCCCCACCACGCAGGGCUCAUGACAUCCUCACCCUCAACAGCCAAAACUUCUGGCUUGCUUUCUUCCGCUACUACAACUACCACUUCGCAACUGCGAGUUGACUCCAUCUCUCAACAUCUACACCCCACCAACUCUGCGAACAUGUCUGGACAAGUGGAAGCUGUCGGCGACUUCGGUCUCAUUGGCCUCGCGGUCAUGGGCCAGAACCUGAUCCUCAACGCUGCCGACCACGGCUUCACCGUCGUCGCUUUCAACCGCACCGUCGCUAAGGUUGAUCGCUUCCUCGACAAUGAGGCCAAGGGAAAGAGCAUUGUGGGAGCACACAGCAUGGAAGAAUUCGUGGCCAAGCUGAAGAAGCCACGCCGCAUGAUGCUUCUCGUCAUGGCCGGUCAGCCAGUCGACGACUUCAUUGAGAACCUGUUGAAGAGCGGCAUUGAGGAGGGCGACAUCAUUAUCGAUGGUGGUAACUCCCACUUCCCAGACACCAACCGCCGAACCAAGUACCUUGCAUCCAAGGGCAUUCGCUUCGUUGGAUCCGGUGUGUCUGGUGGUGAGGAGGGUGCCCGUUAUGGACCUUCCAUCAUGCCUGGUGGAAACGAGGAGGCCUGGCCAUACAUCAAGGAUGUCCUCCAGAGCAUCUCUGCCAAGUCUGAUGGCGAGGCUUGCUGCCAAUGGGUCGGUGACGAGGGUGCUGGUCACUACGUCAAGAUGGUGCACAACGGUAUCGAGUACGGUGACAUGCAGCUGAUUUGCGAGGCCUACGACAUCAUGAAGCGUGGUCUUGGCAUGAGCGGCAAGGAGAUGGCCGACGUCUUCGCAGAAUGGAACAAGGGCGUCCUCGACUCAUUCCUCAUCGAGAUCACCCGCGAUAUCCUCUACUUCAACGACGAUGAUGGAACAACACUUGUCGAGAAGAUCCUCGAUGCUGCUGGACAGAAGGGAACUGGCAAGUGGACUGCCAUUAACGCCCUCGACAUGGGUCAGCCAGUGACACUCAUUGGUGAGGCUGUGUUCGCGCGAUGCUUGUCCUCGCUCAAGGGCGAGCGAACUCGCGCCAGCGAGAAGCUCACUGGCCCAACACCAAACUUCACUGGUGACCGGGCACAAUUCCUGAAGAACCUCGAGCAAGCUCUUUACGCCUCGAAGAUCAUUUCAUACGCACAGGGCUUCAUGCUCAUGCAGAGCGCUGCCAAGGAAUACGGCUGGAAGCUCCAGAAGCCAGAGAUCGCCCUCAUGUGGCGCGGUGGCUGCAUUAUCCGCUCCGUCUUCUUGAAGGACAUUACCAAGGCAUACCGCUCGAACCCAGACCUCGAGAACUUGCUCUUUGACGACUUCUUCAACAAGGCUAUUCACAACGCACAAGAAGGCUGGAGAGACGUCGUCUCCAAGGGCGCUCUCUGGGGUAUUCCAACUCCAGCAUUCUCCACCGCUCUUUCCUUCUUCGAUGGCUUCAGGACAAAGGACCUCCCAGCCAACCUCCUCCAGGCCCAGCGUGACUACUUCGGUGCUCACACUUUCCGCAUCAAGCCAGAGCACGCCAGCGAGAAGUACCCAGAGGGCAAGGAUAUCCACGUGAACUGGACCGGCCGCGGAGGUAACGUUUCCGCGUCGACGUACAAUGCUUAGAUAUCUUCAUGACCAGCGCGUGUGUUGCUAUGAAUGCCAGCGAAACCAACUUUUCCCAUGCGGCCACCCUGUUUGGCGCCGCUUCCCUCCGACUGUCAGGACAUUUAGCCAGAAGCGGCGUCUUGUAUGAAACAAGUGGUUGGGUCGACAGAAAAGUAUAAAUCAUCAUGGAUAGAAUGAGGCCAAUUACAAUGAAAGCGAAAUGUUCGACGACUCAAAUGCUGUGUUUCUUCCCCGCCUACCGACUCUACGCAUGCUUCUUCUGAUCCUCCUCUACCCCCUUCAUCACCCAGUUACUAUGAUGCUUCGCAUAGUCCUCCGCCCCCUCCUUCGUCUUCAUCGCCUCCUUCAUCUCAAACUUAUCCGGCACAUCACACCCCCUCUUCACCGCCUCCCUCUUCUGAAUCGUCUCCAACCACCUCUGCAACGCCUCAAAACUCUU